CUUUUUUUCCUCUCUAUUAAUGGAAGACAAUAAUCAUAACUCAACCGCCGCCUCCGAACCCGAUGUCCAGAUCCUUACUUCCGGCGGCCUCCUUAUCCCUGCUCACUCCACCAUAUUGGCAACGGUGUCGCCGGUGCUGGAAAAUAUUAUCCAAAGUCCAGUGAAACAUCGGAGAUCUGAGAGAGUCAUCCCGAUUCUCGGCGUUCCAUGCGACGCCGUUUCUGCUUUUGUUGAAUACCUCUAUAACUCCACGUGCACGGAAGAGCAAAUGGAGAAAUACGGAAUUCACCUGCUAGUAUUAUCACACGUCUAUUUGGUGCCACAACUGAAGCAGCGGUGCACUAGGGGAGUGAGCGAGCGGUUGACGGUGGAGAAUGUGGUGGACGUGCUUCAACUCACCCGUCUAUGCGACGCACCCGACCUCUACCUCAAGUGCUUGAAGCAGGUGACCGCUCGUUUCAAGAGCGUCGAGCAAACCGAAGGUUGGAAAUUCAUGCAGGAUCAUGAUCCCUGGCUCGAACUCGAGAUUCUCAAAUUCAUCCACGAAGCCGAAUCGAGGAAAAAGAGAACGAGGCGGCACAAGAAAGAACAGAGCUCAUAUUUACAACUAAGCGACGGAAUCGAGUGUUUGGAGCACAUUUGCAGAGAAGGGUGCACGACGGUGGGGCCGUACAACAUCGAGCCCGCCAAGAAACCGAGGCCGUGCGAUAAAUACGCGACGUGUGAAAGUGUGCAGAUGUUGAUAAAGCAUUUUGCUCUGUGUAAGAGAAGGGCUAAUGGCUUCCGAUGCUCUCGCUGCAACCGGAUGUGGCAGCUCCUUCGACUCCAUUCCUCCAUCUGUGAUCACCCUGAUUCUUGCAGGGUUCCGCUCUGCAGGCAAUUCAAAUUGAAAGCACAACAGCAGAAACUGGGCGACGAUGCAAAGUGGAAAUUACUUGUAAAGAAGGUUUUGUCGGCCAAAGCGAUGUCGUCACUAUAUCUACCCAAGAGAAAGAGAGAGGAAGAGCUGAAGGAAACAAAGGGUAGCACUGCUCAAGCAUUGAAAACCUUUUGAGCUUCCUUUGAAACU